AUAGCCAAGUUUGUUUUUCUUCUCCAAAAACAGUUUUAAAAGGAGCAGGGAAAAUAUGGAGCACAGCCAAGUUUUGCUGUCAGCAUUGAGCAUAGGGGUUGGUGUAGGAGCAAGGCUUGGAUUAAGUUCAAGGCUUGGAUGGAAUCUUAACUCAAGUGAAGAGCUUUGGAACGAGCAGGUUGAGCAAGAGCUUCUCAGAAACGUGAUUGAUGGCAAGGAAUGCCAGGAAACUUUUCAAGACUUUCCUUAUUACUUAAGUGAAACAACUCGGGAGUUAUUGAUGAAUGCUGCAUUUGUUCAUCUAAAACAACUUCACUUCUCUAGACACAUCCAGAGCCUUCUACCGGCAAGUAGGGCAAUUAUACUUUCUGGACCUGAAGAACUUUACAUGCAAACAAUUGCCAAGGCUUUAGCCCAUCACUUCCAAUCAAAGUUGCUGCUGCUAGAUAUUGUUGACUUCACCUUAAAGAUAAAGAGAAAAUAUGGAUGUGCAGGAAAAAGAAAAGAACCAUCUUUUAAAAGGUCCUUAUCUAAGGUGGCUUCCAAGAGAUUGCACAGUUUGUUUGGUUCCCUUUCAACUAGCGAAAAUGAAGCUCCCUUGGAGAACAAAAGCAACAUGUGCAUUGAUGAAAAACUCUUCAUGAAGUUGCUUCAUAAGGUCUUGGCUUCUAUCUCAAAAAAAAGUUCCAUCAUAUUAUACGUUAGGGAUGUUGAGAUGUUGCUUCAAUCAAAACAAUUAUAUAACUUGUUUCAUGAAAUUCUAAAGAAACUUUCAGGGCCAAUUUUAAUACUUGGUUCCCAAGUUAUUGAUGUCGACAAUGAAAUAGAAUAUGAGUGGUCACAAGAUUACAUUGCUAAAGAUGACGAUGAAAGGCUUGCUGCAUUAUUUCCUUACAAGAUUAAGAUCAAACAUCCUAAAGAUGAGAAUAAUCUUCAAAACUGGGAAUCCCAACUAGAGGAGAAUGAGAAAAAAAUUCAAUCUCAAGAUAAUCAAAAUCACAUUGCGAAAGUACUGGCAGAAAUUGAUGUUGAAUGUAAAGACUUGAAUUCAAUCAACCACGAGGAAACUGAGAUACUAAGUAGACAUAUUGAAGAGAUCGUUGUAUCUGCGAUAUCUCACUAUUUGAUGAAUACCAAGGAUCUCGAAUAUGUGAAUGGAAGGCUUGUAAUAUCUUAUGAAAGAAUUCACAGUUUGUGCCACGGUUUGGAUCUAUUCCGCAAAAGUGAUAGUGUCAAGGAUACUGAAAAGCAAGAGGCAAGCUUGUGUCAUGGUUUGGAUCUAUUUCACGAAAGUGAUAAUGUCAAGGAUACUGAAAAGCAAGAGGCUGAUGGAAAGGAAGAUGUUUCUCCAGAUAAUAAGUAUGAAAAGAACAUAAGAUCAGAGCUUAUACCUGCAAGAGAGAUAAGAGUUACAUUUUCAGAUAUUGGUGCAUUAGAUGAAAUCAAGGAAUCACUCCAAGAGCUUAUCAUGCUUCCCCUUAAAAGACCAGACCUCUUCAAAGGUGGACUUCUUAAGCCAUGCCGAGGUAUAUUACUGUUUGGACCACCAGGUACUGGAAAAACAAUGCUUGCAAAGGCAAUUGCAAAUGAAGCAGGAGCAAGUUUCAUCAAUGUAUCAAUGUCUACCAUCACAUCAAUGUGGUAUGGAGAAGCUGAGAAGCAUGUCCGAGCCUUAUUCUCACUAGCUUCAAAGGUUUCUCCAACUAUUAUUUUCAUUGAUGAGGUUGAUAGCUUGCUUGGGCAACGAUCAAGAUGUGGAGAACAUGAGGCUACAAGGAGCAUUAAGAAUGAAUUCAUGACACAUUGGGAUGGUUUAUUGACAAAACAAGACGAGCAAAUUCUAGUUCUUGCUGCAACUAACAGGCCAUUUGACCUUGAUGAUGCAAUCAUAAGACGGUUUCAACGAAGAAUCAUGGUUGGUCUUCCGUCAGUUGAGGCAAGGGAGAUUAUCUUGAAAACUCUGCUAGCUAAGGAAAAUACUGAAAAUUUAGACUUUAUAGAGCUUGCACUCAUGACAGAGGGAUAUACUGGAAGUGAUAUCCAGAAUUUGUGCACUGUUGCUGCUUAUCGGCCUAUUAGGGAGCUAAUAAAGCAGGAGAGAUUGAAGGAUAUGGAAAAGAAUAAGAAAGACACUCAAGGCCAAAGUUUGGAAGUUGCUUUAUGUCCCAUAGAUGAUGCACAGGAGCAAGAAAAGAAUAAGAAAGAGGUUGAAGACCAAAGCUCAAAGGCUACUUCAAGAGCUAAAGAGGACAAAGAACAUCCAGUAAUUACCUUAAGGCCUAUAAACAUGGAAGACAUGAUUCAGGCGAAGAAUCAGGUUCCUGCAAGUUUUGAUGCUCACGGAUUGAUAAUGCGUGAGUUGAAGCAGUGGAACAAGCUGUAUGGAGAACGAGGCUUGUGAUACAUAUAACACCUACUUAAAUUUAUUUUAGUUAAUAUCCUUGUUUUGUAUAAUUAGAUUAACUUUUAUGAAGCAUAAAAUUGUCAUUUUGAGCCUAUGCUAAGGGGCUAUUCCAAGAUAGUGUCACUAUUUAAGACUCAAGAAUCACUGUAUCCCAUUUUAAAAUCAUUUACAGGUAUUUGUGUAAUCUAGCACUGAUUCUCCUUCAAAGGAAACUAUCCUAAAAAUACUAUGACUGGUAGGUCAAUCGUUUCUUAGAA